GUCGAAAGUGUCGAGUUGCUGCGUGCGUCCUAAAAAGCAAGGACCAACACUCUCUCAUCUGCCGCCUUCCCCAGCUACCCACCGCUUGUCCCGCUGGGAGCGACGUUUAUGGCCUCACCGUCUGCGUCUCCUCCGUCGCCUUCUCUUGCUCACAAGAAGCCUAAGCUCAGUCACCCUGAUACUACUGCGCCUUCUUGUUCGCUAGCCACGACCUCCUCCUCUUGCGCCAUGAAGACCAACACUCUGCACUCGGUACGCGGUAACCAGCGUCACUGGGAUCUCACACGUUUAUUAAGCCACCGUACAGCCUUCCCUGCCGAAACGUCGACUGUGGCGCUGGGCGAAUUCGACCCGGACGCCGCGCAGGACACACUCAGCUUCCUGCAGGACGAAUGCCGCGUCCUAAUUAUAGGCGCCGGUGGACUGGGAUGCGAGCUACUGAAGAACGUAGUGCUCUCAGGCUUCACCAAGGUGGACAUUAUCGACAUGGACACGAUCGACGUGUCCAACUUGAACCGCCAGUUCCUGUUCCGCGCCACAGACGUGGGCAAGUCCAAGGCCGAAUGUGCUGCAGCAUUUGUCCGCACUCGCAUGGCCUCAGAGGACUCGAAAGUGGACAUUACGCCACAUUUCAAGAAGGUACAGGACAUGGACGCGGACUUUUACCGCCAGUUCCACGUGAUCCUCUCGGGUCUCGACAAUAUCGAAGCACGUCGCUAUCUGAACUCACUGGUGGUGUCACUUGCCGAGGUGGACGAGGACGGAGACGUGGACCCAUCCACCAUCAUUCCGCUUAUCGACGGUGGCACCGAAGGUCUGCGCGGUCAGGCGCGUGUCAUCAUCCCUAGGAUCACGAGCUGCUUCGAGUGCUCGCUCGAGACGUUCCCACCGCAAAAGAGCUUCCCUAUGUGCACCAUCGCAGAGACGCCCAGACAAGCAGCACACUGUAUCGCCUAUGCGUUCAUUGUACUAUGGCCACGAGAGUUUCCCGAGAAGAAACUGGACAAAGACUCACCCGAGCACAUGCAGUGGGUCUAUCAGGCGGCUAAAGACCGAGCGGAACAGUUUGGAAUUAGCGGAGUGACGUACAGUUUAACGUUGGGAGUGGUGAAGAAUAUCAUCCCAGCUGUAGCGUCGACAAAUGCAGUGGUGUCGGCCAUGUGUGUGAGUGAGGCACUUAAGGCCAUGAGCUACUGCAGUCGCUUGAUGAACAAUUACCACAUGCAUAUGGGCGCUACGGGCUGCUAUUCGCACACGUUCCAGUACGAUCGGAAAAGUGACUGCGUUGUAUGUUCGUCCCAGCAGAAAACGCUGCAAGUGGAUCCGGACGCCAUGACGCUACAGAAAUUGAUCGACGAGCUCUGUGGCGACGACUUCCGGCUUCUGAAACCCUCAAUCAGCUCCGCUAAUGCCAAUUUGUUCAUGCAGGGCCCGCCAGCUCUGCGUGCUGCUACCAGCCCCAAUCUAGCCAAGCCGCUGCGUGAACUGGUGAAGGACGGAGAGAACCUCACAGUCACAGACGCAGUUUUCGUGGGCGACAUGGCGCUGUCAUUGCAAAUUAUCUUCAAGCCGACGAUUAAAAAUGGGGUAGAAAAGCCGACGCCAAUGGAAGAAGAUUGAGUCAAGUCGUGUCGGCCAGCUAACGCUGCCUAAAUCGAUAUAAGUAAGGCUGCACUCAAUUACCCAUACUCAACUUAAUCCCUUAGCUGUCUGUUGGACUGACUAAACAGAUACAGAUUGCUCGUUCGGCUUCUGGUGGAUCAGCAACUUCUCCAGUAGCCGCA